AGAAUAUCAAAGCAAUAGCCAAGACUAAAACAAGGAGUACAAAGAAGACACACCAUGGAAACAAGCACCAAAGAAGGCUUAGAACUCAAGAAAGUGGAUUGUGAUGCAUCGGAGAUUGAGUAUGUUAGUUAUGGUGGCGAGCACCACCUCCCCCUUAUCAUGAACCUAGUCGACCAAGAACUCAGCGAGCCGUACUCCAUAUUCACGUAUCGUUACUUUGUAUAUCUCUGGCCUCAGCUCUCUUUCCUGGCAUUCCACAAGGGUAAAUGUGUCGGCACGGUGGUUUGUAAGAUGGGCGACCAUCGAAACAUUUCCAGAGGAUACAUUGCCAUGUUGGUUGUGAUCAAGCCCUAUAGAGGAAAAGGCAUUGCUACAGAACUUGUUACUCGGUCUAUUAAGGUGAUGAUGGAAUCUGGUUGUGAAGAAGUUACUCUGGAAUCAGAAGUUACAAACAAAGGAGCAUUGGCACUCUAUGGUCGCCUUGGCUUUAUUAGGGCUAAGAGGCUCUUUCAUUAUUAUUUGAAUGGAGUCGAUGCUUUCCGGCUCAAACUGCGAUUCCCUCGGCCGGAGCUGCACCCAUCUCUGCCUGUGAUGGCAGAUAAAUAUGGUAGUAGUCAUAUACCAAGUGAUCAUGAUAAUUCAGCAUUUGAACAAUGAUUUGAUUCCUUCAGUGCCUGUUUGAGUGUUUGUAAAGAAUCAUAAACCCUUCUUGAGCAUAUUACUGUACAAUUAAUUAGAUACCAAGAUUUUUUA